AUGGAAAUGGUAAAAGAAGAUAAAAUUGUAAAAGAGUCAUAUCCAUACAGUAUAUAUAAUGAAUUAAAUGAGCAAGUUAAAAGUGCAACAGAUGAAAAAUAUUGUAACGAAUUUAAAAAAUUAAAUAACGAUUACCAAGGUAAAUCUAUUGAACUUUGUAAAAAAGUAACACAUCUUUUAGAUUUUGUUUAUAAAAAGGAUAAAUCAAAAGAGUUUAAAGAAUACUGUUCACAUUAUAAAUACUGGGUAUAUGAAGAAAUAAGUAAAUUGUUUAAUGACGAUACACCAGAGAAUAUUAUCAAUGAUGUUAUUGAUAAAUUUAAUAAAUUACAAACUACACUUUUCAUUAAUCGCCAGAAAAAUUAUUGUUCUUAUAGAUUUGAUCUCAAGACUUUGGGGGAAUUGAAUUCAAGAAAGGUAGAGAAAAAAUUGUAUGAUUAUUUUAAAAACUAUAACACUAUUAAAAGUAGAGACAAAUGUAGUAAUGUUAGCAUUGAGAAAUAUAAAGGAUACCUUGAAGGUAUCAAAAUCCUAUACGAAAAUGAGAAGGAUUAUUGUUGUUUUCCAGGAACAUGGGACUGUUCAAAUUAUUUUUUGACUUGUAAUAGUGAGUUUGAUCCAAGUAAACUCUUAUCUGCAUUUCAAUCUAAAGGUAAUGGAAGUUGUGAUGGAUUAAAUAGAAUUACAGCUAAUUUUGAUGAAGAGGAAUUAAAUACUGUGGUAACAGAUGCAGAAAUUUUAAACUCAAUUUCUCAUGGUGCAUGCUUUAAUCUAGAUAAGCACGAACUUACAUCAAGUGACACAAAACACCCACGUUGUAGUUUAUUAGCAACAUCUGUUACGUUAACUAGAAGUGUGCGUACAGAUGGAAAUUCUGGAGCAACUAUGACUGAUAAUGGAUCCCCCCCGGAUGGUGUGAAUUCAGUAACCAGGGAUAAUCGGGAAGAAGGAAGAACACCGCAAGCAGGUGCAUCACAAGGCCAACAAGGUACAAUAGAAAAAGCAGGGGGUUCUCGUAGUACAGAAAAACUAAAGAUUGAGGCACCCUCUGAGAAAGACUCACCUGAUACAUUUAGAUGGAAAUUUAACGAGAAAGGAACAUUACAGUGUCCAACUAAAAGCAGAGAUAAAAAUGAAGAACUACUUUGCAACUUUAUGGAAGAAUUGGUUGAAGGAAAUUUUGCUACACAAAUGGAAGGUACUAAAAGAUACAAAGUGAAGGCUGGAAGGUCAUGGUCAGAAGAUGAUUUAAAACCAGCACGUGAAAGAGUGAGGAAAAGGAGAUCAGCUAAUGAAUCAAAUAUAUUAAACAACAUUUUUGUUCGUAUAUCUACUGGAGUUACUCUAGUAAUGGGAAUUAUUUUUAUAUUUUACCUUUUUUUUAAAUUUACUCCCUUCGGAUCACGUUUACGUAGGGAUAGAAAAAGGAAACAAAGGUAUAGGAAAGAUUUUACGGAUUUAUAUACACGCAAACGACCAAGGCGCUUCUUAAAACGUACAUAUAGGCAUUCUGACAAAAGGAGAUUUAACGUAGUAAAUAUAGAAGAUGAGCUUCAUUCAUGA